GGUUUGAAUAGUAUGCAUCGUUUAUUUUAAGAAAUAUUUUAACACAUUCAUAUAUACAAUAUUGAAUGCGGAACGCUAACCCAGAGUGUGUGGGGCCUGAAAGCGAGCAGGCUGGUACAGCGCCUUCGUGCCAGGGCUGUCCUAACGCUGCACUUUGUGCAGCUACACCCAAAGGUCCUGAUCCUGACAUUCCCAUAAUUCGAGAGCGUCUACAAGGUGUUAAGCAUAAAAUUAUGAUUAUCAGUGGUAAAGGCGGUGUGGGAAAAAGCACAGUAUCUAAGGAGUUAGCAUUUGCCUUAGGAUCCCGCGGUAUCAAUGUCGCACUAGUGGAUUUAGACAUCUGCGGCCCAUCUCUUCCACGUCUUACCGGUGUGAGAGGGGAAGAUGCCCAUCAAAGCUCUGGUGGCGUCGAGCCUGUUUUGAUCGACAACACUGUGACCAUGAUGUCCAUGCAUUAUUUACUGGAUAAUAAGAACGAGGCGGUACUGUUUAGGGGCCCGAGGAAGAAUGGCGUUAUCAAGUUGUUCUUGAAAGACGUGAUGUGGGGAGAAGUGGAUGUAAUGCUUGUCGACACACCACCUGGCACCUCUGAUGAGCACAUCACAUUGAGCAACAUUUUGCUACAAACUGGCGGUGUGGAUGGGGCUGUGCUGAUUACUACUCCGCAGCGCGUGGCUGAGGCGGAUGUUAGACGUGAGCUUAACUUUUGCGUGAAGGCCAAACUGCCGGUACUAGGCAUUGUAGAGAACAUGAGUGGCUUUGUUUGCCCAAACUGUAAACGUGAGAGCGCUGUCUUCCCAAAAGAACGCACAAAAGGAGGCUUGAUGGAGGGUGCUGGUGUCCGCCUUAGCCGUGAGUUUUGCGUUCCUUUAUGGGGAACCAUUCCACUGGAUCCUUAUUUAAUGAAGGCAUGUGAGGAGGGAAUAGCUCUCUCAGAAUUCGCUGAGCAGAAGGAAGAAGCACAGGAGAGCUCGACACUAAAGGAACUUCAAGUAAUAGUGGAUCACUUAAUUUCAGCAUUGGGCCUGGGGGUAUGCUGAAAAUUUGUGGAAAAGGUAUAAGCAGUUGUAGAGGGGUACAGUCCAAAGGAGGAAGUAUCGAUUUCCCCUUCUUGCUGAAUCGAACUAUUUUCUACAUAUAAGCAAGCGGUGCAUUUUAAUAAAGCUUAA